AGUUAAAUAUUUAACUACUUUUUUAAAAUAUAGUUUUUUAAAAUCCUUGUUUUACAAAAACUACACUAGAGCCAAAUAAGCCAUAAAAAUCAAUGCGACUUCUAAUCUGACUAAGCAAUAAUAAUAAAAGUUUCUAACCAUUUAUUGAAUUUUCUUAUUUGCCGUUGAAUAGAAAUUACAUGUGCAGCUACCAAACUAACUAUUAUCAUUUUGUAUUUCAUAUUCAAAUUUGUCAAAUUUUCAAUGAAUGGAAAAUUGUUUAGUUAUUUGCAAAUGGGAAACUUCCUUUUGUAUUCUAUCUAACUAUGAAGCUUCCUAAUGUGUUAAUUAUAUAUUUUUUUCUUCUUACCUGUCCUUUUUCCCUUAAUCCUUGUUUUGGCCUCUUUGCACUUUGCUAGUAAAUGACGCUUUGAGGAAAAUCGGAAAAACAACUCCAGAAUUCACUUAUUUACUUCUUGUUCUGGCUUACCUCUUUUGGUCAAAUUUUAUUUUCUUGUGAACUCUAACUUAAAAGUGAAAUAUCACAUCAGUCAUCAGUGUAAUUAAUAGGGCUUAUUGUCUUGAAGAGAGCAAGAUAGUAGAAAAGAAAAUAACCAACCUAACCAUUUUGCCAAAAGAAGAACUUACCAAGGGCAAUGGGUUAGAAUGAUUAAGCCUCACAACCAAAUAUUAUUAUGACACCUUCGUUCUAAGUAAAUGGGACCAAAAUUUUAUCAACGCAAAUGUUUAUAUAAUGUAAAGGGGAUUGCUAUUCGUCGCCCUAAAAAAUGUUAUUCGUCGCCCUAACGCUUAAUCAAUUUACCCUAAUGUCCCUAGUUUUUUUUUCUUACAAACACAAACCUUCAACAACAUGCAGACUGCCGGAAACAGAGUAUCAACGGUUGUGGGAGUGGCAGUAGCGGCAGCUGAAAUCCUGUUGGUGGGUGGCUGAGAGCAGAAGCGACGGAUGAGGGUAGUGGGAUCGGCGGGGAGCAAAUUUAUUUUGAUACUUGUUUCAUAAUAAAUUAAAAACAAAAAACUCAAAUCCCAUAACUGCAAAAGAAGAAUGAUAUGCACAGCUGAGCAAUUUUAUGUUUCCCGCAAGGAAAGAAGACAAACGCACACCAUUCCGAACUUCUCUGCACGAAACCAGCAUAGCAACUGUUGCUUCUCCGUCGCUCUCACCACUUUCUCCCUCUGUCGCCAUCGCCGGUCAUCUUGCUUGAUUAUGCUCUCCUCCGUGUUCGUUCAUUCUACAAGAACCGCCCGCCGCGUUUUGAUCGACUUCCUCGGAAUCGGAGGCGAAGAGGAAGCAGUUCCAUGGCUCUGUGUAGGCGGUUGUUUAGGAUUUAGGUUAGAAAUGGAGAUUAAGGGUAAAUGUGUCAAUUUAGUGUGAUUUAGGGCGAUAAAAUUUAAAUUUUAGGGCGACAAAUAGCAAUUCAGAAUGUAAAAGGGUUAAAGACACAUUUGGUUACUGAGAUUACUAAAUUGGGACAUGUUUAGUCACUAGAAAAAAUUAAUAUCAAUUUUAGUCACUCGAAUUAUUGGAACAGGUCACAUUUAGUCACUCUCCGUUAGUCUCCGUCCAACUCCAUUAAUGAAGUCUGUUAAGUGCUGAUGUGGCAAACAGAGGUUCCUAGUCAGCGCCGUUUUGAGUUGGAAAUGGUCAAACCCGACCCGCCACGUCACUAAACCCGCCAUGUCAUAUGCCCAACCAACCCAUGCACCCACCCGACCCAUAAACCAAACCCAACCUUUCCGAUUCCACUUCUCUUCUCCGAUUCCUCCUUUUCCUUUCCUCCGGAGCGCCGAUCUGGUCAAGGACUACGGAAUCACCACCGGCAACGUCCUCCACUUGGUCCUCAAGCUCUCCGACCUCCUCUUCAUCACCGUCCGCACCACCUGCGGCAAAGAAUUCGAAUUCCGCCUCGACCGGUACCGAAACGUCGGAUACCUAAAACACCGCAUCUUCCAAGAGGGCAAGGGUUUCGUCGACGUCGACGAGCAGGAAAUCUUCUACAACGGUCAGAGGCACGAUGACCAGCGCCUCAUCGACGAGAUCCGCGACACCAGAGCCGCAGACGCCGCCGCGAUUCACCUCCUCGUCCAGAAAACCGCCAAGGUUAGAGCCCAGCCGCUGAAUAGAGAUUUCGAGAUCUCCGUCGCUGCCGCAACAAACCCUAAUCAAAAUCGGAAGCAGAACCAGAAGCAGAAUCAGGAGUCGUCGAUUGAGGCGCCAAAUCAGGGGCAAGCUGGGCAAGGGUUCGUAUCCGUGUUCAAGCCCAGCGACGAGGAGCCUAAUGCAUUGAACAACCCGCAGGGACUGCCGGUGUCGACCAACGGGGAGGGGUUGAAAAGAGGGACAAGGGUAGGGGAAGGUGCGAUUAGAGAAGUUGCCGCUUACAUAUUGGAUCAUCCCAUUGACGGACCGAGGGGUCUGAACAAUGAAGUGAUGGGGUUUGCAGGUGUGUCGCCCACCAUUGUUGUUCAGUGUUUGCACAAAGGGUUCCAUCAUCCUGAAGGGUUCGAGUACUCUUCCAAGAAUGUGAAGAUGUGGUGGUGGUUGUAAUUGGGGCGGAGGUGGGGGUGGUGGAGAUUGGUUUCGAUGUUGGAGAAGGUGAGAAGUGGGAAAGGGGGUUUUUUGGUCUUCUGGGUGGGUUGGAAGGUGGUGGGAGGAAGGAGGAAGAAGGGUUGGGUGGGGUUGGAUUAUGGGUUGGGUUGGUUUUAAUGACAUGGCGGGUUAUAAUGACGUGGCGGGUCGGAUUUUAUUUUUGUUGGGUUAUAUCCGGCUGAUUAGGCAAUUCUGUUUGCCACAUCAUCACUUAACGGACUUCAUUAACGGAGUUGGACGGAGACUAACGGCGAGUGACUAAAUGUGUCCAGUUUUAGUAAUUGUAGUGACCAACUUUGAUAUUAAUUUUUUCUAGUGACUAAACAUGUCCCGAUUUUGUAAUCUCAGUGACCAAAUGUGUCUUUAACCCUAAUGUAAAAUGAUAUAACAUUAGAUGAAACAACAUCAAAAUCUGUUAAAGAGAGGUGUAUAAACAAGUGCCAUUGUUACUCAAGGCUCCUUAUAAUUCGCAAAGAGAGGUGUAUAAUGCUUAGGGAUAAUACUCUAUUUUAGUAUGAAUUUUGGUCUCAACUUUCAAAUAAGACAAUUUGGUAAGAAACUAAGGUUGGUCAUAAAUAUUGAUAGUCAAACAUUUAUCAAGUGUAUGACUCAUCAUAUAAUGUUGAGGUGACUGCCGCGUGACUUUCAAUUUCCAUAACAUUUUUUUUUGUAAGAAAUGGAUAAUGCUCUAUUUUGCUCUGAAUUUUGACAUAAAAUACAAUUUUCGCCUGACUUCAAAUAAGACAGUUUUGUCUGAAAUUGGAAAUAUAUAUGGAUGAAUUUAGCUUAUAUUUUGGGUUGAUCAUUAAUAUUGAUGGUCAGACAUUUCUUCCGUGACGUACAAAGGUUAAAAAAUCAAAUUGAUUCAGGCCCCCAAAAUUUCAUUGCCCGAAUCUAUCUCUCUUUGCACCCUUCUUUGUCAGUAUUAACGGUUAACCUAAAUCUCGAGCUAAAUUUGUCUAUUCCUUUCAAAAUUCGAUAAAAAGUUACUCUUACUUGAAAUUUCAGGCUAAAAAAAGCUUUUAUGUUAAGUUCGUACUAAAAUAUGGUAUUAUGUCUAUGUGAAAGUCAUGUCGCAACCACCUCAUCAUUGCAUUGUUGAACCAUAGAUAGAAGAAAUAUUUGACCAUCAAUAUUAACGGUCAACCCAAAUUUCAAACCAACAUUGUUGAGUUUUUUCAAAGUUCGAACACAACUGUUUUAUUUGAAAAUUCGGGUUUACAUUGUCUUUUAUGUCAAAGUUUAUCCCAAAAUAAAAUAUUAUCUCUAAUUCUUAUAUAGAGUGACGAUUGAUUCUAACUCUUACCGUAAUUAGUUUAAUUUUUUAUAUCACAGUAACUAUUUACAUUUGUUUGGUAGGUAAAAGAGAAAAUUAAAUGCCCCAUCUUAAUCUACAAGCAUUUUAAAUUCGAACUACAUUUUAGACUUUUCCAACCUGUCAAUUUCAAAAAUUAUAAUUUUAGAUGGGCUGGAUUUAAUAAUAACUAAUUAUUUAUAUCGUCAAUUGAUUAAUACAGGUGCUGUCAAAAACAAAUUUUAUUAACAAUGUUUUUGGGGAAAGAGGAAAGUCAUUACAGAUCACCAAAUUUGAUUUAAUACUGUAUAUGGGACCACAAGGAUUUGAAUAUUUAAAUACAAAGUAACUACAAUGCUCCAAAAACCCAAAAUCGAAUAUUUUGUUUUUUAUUUCCUUUUGAAACCGAUUAUACAAGUUACCAAAAAAAAAAAAAAAAGAUAAGAACGAAUUAAAUUAAUAAUUUAGAGGAAAGUUAUUUUUUACAAUUAUGGUGACCAAUUCGAUGUGAAGUAAGUUCCCACAACUCCCUAUUUUUAAUUAUUUGAUUCUUUUUGUUUUCUAAACUGUACCUUGGCGUGGGAGGAAAUUUUAUUUUAUGUUUUAAAAUUUCAGUCGGUAAUCCGACCUAACUUUUCCCAUUUCUUUUAGUAAAUGAAUGGAAGGAAGCUGAGGAAUGACAAUUGAAAAUGGUUCACAGAAAAUUUUAAUUAAACUAAUGACCACUUUUAAGUUAGUGGUGCUUGUGUUUCACGUCUGUAUCAGAAUUCAAGAAAAGUCAUAACCAAAUAUGAAAUCCUAUUGGAUUUUAAGAAAGUAAAUGUUCUGUGUUGAAAAUGAAGUAAAAACCAACAAAAGAGUUUAUAUAAUGAUAAUUGAUAAGUUGCUCGAUCAGAAUAAAUUGUCUUAUUUAAACAAAAGAAUAUUUUUUUAAAAUGCCGACUCGUCUGUUAUUUUAAUUUUUAUCUUUGUGGAUGGCUGAAAUUUAUAUAAAAAUUAAACGAAAUUUGUUUAUUAUAAAAUAUUAGGUAACUAAUGAUACAGUCCUUGUACUUCCUUGAGUUUAGCAAAUAAAUCCCUUUACUUCAAUAUCUAACUAGUUUGACCUUGUAAUUUAUGAUAUUUACUAAACACAUCCCUAUAUAUUUCUUUCGGUUUGACACACUCCUAGUCCUAAGUAGGGGUGAAAAUCGGUACGGUAUCGGUAUCCCAAUACCAAAUACCAAAAUCGCGAAUACCGAAUUACACCCUAAACUCUAUCUCAUUCUCAAUCCCUAAAUAAUUUAGGUAUCCCAAUCCCAAUCCCUAACUAAUUAUGUAUCCCAAUCGAUACCUCGGUAUCCCAAUUGGUAUUACCGAAUACAAAAUUAAAUGCCUUUACAAUUAAAAAUUAAAUAUAUAAAUUAUAUUUGUUUGUUUAAAUAUAGGACAAAGAGACUAAGCGAAGAGUAUUGAGUUUGUCUAGAGCUAGGAUAUGGAUAAAGAGAAUGGAGGAGAGGUGACAUCUCAAGUUUUUGUCAUUGGUAAUCUUUAAUUUGACGAAUUGGAGGCCGAGAGAAGACUAAUACUAGUGUUUACUUUUUGGUGUUAUGAAAAUAACAAUAGAUUGGUGGUUGAGGGUCAUGUAGUAGUGAAUGAGAGAGUCUAGUCGAGAGAAUAAAAUACACACUAGCUUACAUCUCAGUAUUAUUCGGUAUUUUGGUAUAUACCGAUCUCAAUCUCGUAAUCCCUAAUACCGAAUAACAAUUGAAAUUGAAUCCCAAAAAAUAAUACGUGUAUUCGGUAAUACCAAAUAUAAGCAAAUUUGGUACGGUAUUCGGUAUAUCACAAGUACCGGUACCAAACUUCCAGCCCUAGUACUAAGCACUAGUUUCAAAUUUGUAAGCAAAAGGGGCAAUUCUAGAUGGAAAUCAUGACGCAUGCAAGAGCCAUGACUACCAGAAUUGUUAUCGACCUUUUUCCUUGAACAUUCCAAAACUAAAAGAGAAUAAGAUAAAGUUGUUUGGUCACGGUUUGUAAACACAUAUUUAUGAAAAUGUUCGACUUGUUCAAUAUUCAAAUAUCCAACCUGCAAAAUUUACUCUUCCAAAUCGUUAAAUGGAUUUGCGUCAUUUCCGUUUUCUUAUUUGCGGACUUGGGCAGGUUGUGUUUGGUAAAUAUAAGAAGGUUGUGUUUGAUAAAAAGAAUAGUUUUUC